AUGGACGAGGAGGAUGACUGCCCAGAGUUCCCCAUAUCAGGAAAGCCCUCACCUGGCAUGCAGAUACCUGUGACCAUCAUCACUGGCUACCUCGGUGUUGGGAAGACAACGCUGUUGAAUUACAUUUUAACGGAGCAACACAAUAAGAUAAUCGCUGUCAUACUCAAUGAAUUUGGAGAAGGAGGCGCUCUGGAGAAGUCUCUAGCUGUGAGCCAUGCAGGAGAGCUGUAUGAGGAAUGGUUGGAGCUCAGGAACGGCUGCCUCUGCUGCUCCGGCAAGCAGAUAGCCCUUGCAGACUUGACCAUCAUCAAUAAGACUGACCUGGUGACUGGAGAGGAGCUCAAGCACCUUAGAGACAACUAG